AUGCCACCACCGCCACCACCGCCGCGACCCUCUUUCGGGGCGGGUGGGCAAAUCCCUCUCCCGCCCAAGAGACCCUUGCCGCCUCAGCUCUGGUCCACCCGAACCCUCCUCUUCCUCUCGACUGCCGUGGGGGGAUGUACCUUCCUCAUCGGACUGCAGUCUGGAUUCAAUGCUGGAAAGCGCGAGGGCAUCGCAUCAGCCGCUCUGACUCACCCAUCACCCGUCUCUCGAGGAAGCCCGUCAGAGCUAGAGGCAGCUAUGCCACCCUCAGACCGGAGAGGAUCUGUAUGA